CCUUUCGAUAGUGUUUUUCCGGCGUAUUUUUCCAAAAUUUGAAGCUAGGCACAACAGUUAAUAUCGUUGUAUGGAUUAAAGUUCUAAGUGACUGCAGUGAGGUGCUAAUCGUCCGAUUGGGCGGAGUGUUUACACGGAAGAUGCCGUCGAUCACACUCAAGGAUGUUGACCAGCACGAGUUCGUCAAGGCUUUCAGCGCCUUCCUCAAAAAGACUGGCAAGAUGAAGGUCCCAGACUUCAUUGACCUUAUCAAGAGCGCGAAAUUCAAGGAGCUGGCCCCCUUCGACCAGGAUUGGUUCUACGUGAGGUGUGCUGCCCUCGUCCGCCACAUCUACAUGCGCUCCCCUGUUGGUGUUGGAGCCAUCACUAAGAUCUUUGGAGGUCGCAAGAGCAACGGAGUGCGCCCAUCCCACUUCUGCCGUGGCUCUGCUGGUGUUGCCAGGAGAGCACUCCAGGCCCUGGAAGGUCUUAAGCUUAUUGAGAAGGCUGAUGGUGGCCGUAAACUUACAGUUCAAGGCAGGAGAGAUCUUGACCGUAUUGCAGCUCAGGUUUACCUGAAGACCAAGAAGCAGAAGCUUUUGGCUGCCGCUGCUGCUGGAGGUCUUGUUGUUCCAGUUGUUGCGGCCGCUCCCGCUCCCGUUGCAUCAGAAUAAGUAGUUUAUUAAAAAAUGAAAAAUGAAA